AUGAUCACACGGGUGCGGGUGCCGGCGAGGCUGGAGGUGGGUGGUGAAGGGGAGUUAGACUGCUCGUGGGAGGAAAACACCGAUCACAUGUACUCUAUACAGUGGUAUCAGGGACCUCAUGAGUUCUACCGCUACACGCCCACCGCCGCCCAUCCCAUCCAGAUCUUCGACCCUCCCACCCUCGAUGUUGAUGUGACCAACGUGACGCUAGCAGCUGAGGGCCCUUCCACUGUGAAAUUGCGCCGAUGGCCCGACCUUCCACACUGCUUCCGACUCUGCUACUCUCACUGUGGUCGAUCUACCAGACGGGGUGCCAGUGAUCAAGGGCGUGAAAAGUCACUACCUGGUGGGGGACUGGGUCGACCUCACCUGUACUUCCCUCAGAUCCAAGCCAGCGGCCGCCUCGCCUUCGCUAUCAACACCCAACCCGUAUCCCCGGGGUGGCUAGAUCCUCAAACGGACCAGCUAGACACAGAUGGCCUGACGACGUCCUCUCUGCGGCUACGGUUUCUCCUCCUGCCGCGACUACUGCAGGAGGGGGAGGUGAGGGUGAGGUGUGGCGGAAGAUCCCCGGGGUGUACCAGCAGGCGGCCCACGACGUCCUCACCACACACCCACCCUACCACGCCUCCGUCCUGGGCGGUGGUGCUGCUUCAGGUACACGGCCCUGGCACGACCUUCUGGCCCUCACCUUCCCUCUCCUGGUGUCAUCCGUCGCUGUUCACCCGCUUCUCUGAGUCUGCCUCACCCACUCCACCACCACCAGCAAUACCGUCUUCAUCCGUCAACGCGCUGAUCUACGAACCAAAAAACUAAAAUACAAUAAAAAUUCAACCAAUUCAUCCACCAAGGACAGUAAAAUUAGCUAUCAAUCAUGCCUUAACCCCCCCAC